AUGAAUAUUCAAUAAGCAAAAAAUUAAAUUUAAUCAUAAUUACCCGGGUACUUAAAUGAAACCUCCUAAAAAACAAUUAAAGAGUACUUAGAAGCUAAAAAAAACUUGAGAUAAUCUCAUCAAAACAUUUAAAUAAAAAAAUAGACGCCAGAAAUUUUUUCAAUACCAAAAUAAGAUGAAGUAGCAAUCAAUUUGAAUGAUUUCAAAUUUGAACCCUAACAUAGAUAAAAAAGUUGGUAGUCUCAAUUGAAAGAAGCACAAUAAAAAUAAAAAUCAAUUUAUCAUCAAAUAUAUGGUUACUGCUUAGAAUAGUUUAAAUUUGAUUCAAUUAUGGAAAGAUUAUAACUUUUGAGAAAAUCACUAUUUAAAAGGAAAAUACCUAAUGGAGAUAUUCAGAAGAUAGAAGAAUUCAUACCAUUAUAUACACUUAGAAACAUGGCUAUGUAAUUACCUACAGAUGGUUCUGAUAUGAUAUCAAUUUUUUAAGAUCAUUUUCUUACAGAGGCAUUCUUGAAAGAAAUCAGAUAUUUUGUAAAAUAAGUAACUUAUAAUUCUUAUCAUUUAGUAAAACAUAGAUAAAAGUUAGAUUUUUUAUCAUCCAAAAAUGUUUGAACAAAAUGAAGAUUAGUUAGAGGAAUUACUUGCUGAAUUUGUUGAAUUAGAUAAAUAAAGAUCAACUGAUUUCGAUGAUUAAGUAUAAAUCAUUCCUUCCACUUAAUUAAAAUGCUGA